ACCAUACACCACUUGGCUAUCCAAAAUGAGCUGCUCCAUAAUGAGAAUCAGGGUCUAGUUGAGGCUCUACAGGCUAAUAAGAAGCAGAAUAAGAAGAGCAAAGCACUCGAUUUGAACAAGCAUAAGCUGGACUACUGGGGUGGCACACAAUGGCACUCGCCUCGACAGUUCGGUGAAGCUCGCAGGCGCGAGCGCAUCAUGAAGGAAAAAGCACAUGCAGAUGAGCUUAAAGAGGCUGAGAAGAAUAAUUUGAAGCAUGCCAAUAAGCUCUACAACGACAAGAUAGCUGAAGAGAAGAAGGCGCAGCAGAAGCGGAGGGAGGAGAGCGAGCAAGAACGCCGCGAGAUCGAUGCACGCAAGGAGCAGCGACGCCUCAACAAGGAGCAGAAAAACCGUGAGAAAGCUCUGCAAUCACCCCAAAGGAGUAAGCGCAAGGUAUUACAGUCUACAGCACCUAGAAAGAAGCAGAAUCGUGGUGCUGCGCGUGCCCGUAGUGGUGUUAUUGCACCUGAGCCUGCACGGCAGCCGCGCACCCACAAGACUCGCAGCGGCAGAAUCGCAACACUUUACAAUUAA